AUGGCGACAGGGAUCCUCAAAGUGCAGGGCGACAAAGUUGUCGGCUCAGAUCGGCAGCCUGUAAUAUUACGCGGUGCUGGUUUGGGUGGAUGGCUAAACAUGGAGAAUCUCAUCACUGGAUACCUCGCCCAUGAGUACCAGCACAGAGCGUAUACGCUCAAAGUUCUCGGUCCUGAUCAUUAUCAGUAUUUCUUUGAUAAAUGGGGUGAAUAUUUCUUCACCGAAGCCGAUGCAAAAUUAUUUUCGGGAUUAGGAUUGAAUUACAUUCGAAUCCCGAUCUACUAUCGCCAUUUCGAAGAUGAUAUGAAUACACGGGUGCUGAAAGAGAACCAUCCGGAUCGCGCUUUCUGGCUUUGGGAGCAGAUUGUAGUAAGAUACAAGGGGAAACCAUGGGUAGCAGGCUACAAUCUACUCAACGAGCCCUGUGAUUCUCAACACAUCCAUUUGCUAGCAUUCUAUGGGCGUUGGAAUGGAUUUGAUAAGGUGCUUCCGAAUAGUGUCUAUUCGCUGCACUAUUAUGCUGGGAUGGGAUUUCUCACCGGGGAAUCAUUAGAACGACAGUCCCACCGCAAAGCUGAAUUCAUGAAAUCGCAUGACCCGUCAAAAGCUGAGGAUACCGAAGCCAUCCACCAAAAAGGGUAUAAUCUACUCGGCGAGCAGCUGCGCAUCUAUAACAAGUAUCAAAUCCACUAUCUUCAAGGCAUGCUCCAUACAAGUCCCGAGAGUAAAUGGAACCGCACCGUUCAAUCCUUUGUGGAGAAGAAGCAGAGACUGAGACUCGAUACGUGGGUGACACAUCCUAGCCCGGAGGUUAAUGCCGUGCUUCAGCCACGGCUAGAGUGGAUCGAUAAAUUUGCAGAGCUUUUUAGAGGAAUGACUGAGAAGGAGCUAGAGGAACUAGAUUUUUGCUUUCACUUUGAUAAAGAUCAUGUCAGACUGAGAGGGCACAUAUCUUGAGGUAGACAUAUGACGUACUUAAUGCGACGGUAGGAAUUAAUAUAAGCCAUUCUGUCUGACGUUGAAAGUUGGCUGAACCUUUUCUUGUGGACUUAUGCUUAAAUAAUACCACUCGGUAUAGAGAUUUAUGAAGAAGGAGCGUUUUACCAGCAACCAGGUGACUGGGUCAGCCAUGACAGUCAUGUGCUGUGCGGAAGGCACGCCUUCUUCCCUCCUGAUCAUAGCUUAACACAUCGACUAUAAUCAGAAUGCGAAUGAAUGCACAUCUACGAC